UUCCUCUGGUCGGGCCUUCGGUUGUAGGUACAAUAAGUUUAUUGCCUUAUUAGUUGGUUUCUGAACGAAUAGUCGGUAGUGAAUUUGUUUGCCGGUGCGGUGUUGUCGUGACUCUUGCAGGCAGCUGACCGUGCAACGAAGAAAGUGUCAUAGGAAAGUGAUUGCAAAUUCCGGCGGAUUAAUUACUAAUUCCCUCAGCUGAGAGGUUAUUCAGAAACAAUCAACAGCUUAACCAUGAAACUGCUACCUCCACCCGCCAGCCUGCGGCGGCCGCUGCAAAUCCCGGAAAAGGUCAUGAUGGGUCCGGGACCCUCGAACUGCUCGAAACGCGUCCUAUCAGCGAUGCACAACACUUCGCUUAGCAAUUUUCACGCCGAACUGUUUGAAGUGCUAGAUGAAAUCAAGGAUGGUUUGCGGUAUGUUUUUCAAACCGAAAACCGCACCACCAUGUGCGUUAGCGGAUCGGCCCACAGCGGCAUGGAAGCGCUACUUUGCAAUCUACUAGAGGAAGGAGAUAUCGCACUGAUUGCGGUCAAUGGCAUUUGGGCGGAGCGUGCCGUCGAAAUGGCUAACCGCUACGGAGCGGAUGUACGAAUCCUGAAGGGUGCCGACGAUCAACCGUUCCGUUUGGAAGAUUUGAGAAGUGCAAUCGAACAGCAUAGGCCUAAGGUACUGUUUUUGACUCAUGGCGAUUCCUCCAGUGGACUGCUCCAGCCGUUGGAAGGGCUUGGCCAGAUUUGUCACGAAAAUGAUUGUCUUCUUCUGGUGGAUGCAGUGGCCAGUCUUUGCGCAGCGCCUUUCCACAUGGAUGCCUGGGAAAUUGAUGGAGCCUAUACGGGGUCACAGAAGGUCCUUGGUGCACCUCCCGGUCUUACGCCGAUUUCAAUCAGCCCAAAAGCUCUAGAGGUGAUUAGAUCUAGAAAAACCAAAUCAAAGGUGUUCUAUUGGGACCUCCUACUGCUGGGAAACUAUUGGGGCUGUUAUGAUGAACAGAAAACCUACCACCAUACGGUUUCGUCUAAUCUACUGUUCGCACUUCGCGAAGCCCUGGCACAAGUUGUGGAGGAAGGCCUGGAGACCGUGAUCAAGCGUCGACAAGACUGUGCAGAGCACCUCUAUCGUGGCUUGGCCAAUAUGGGUCUCGAUAUUUUCGUCAAAGACCCCCAACACCGACUGACGUCCGUGACUGGUAUUAUGAUUCCCAAGGGGGUAACCUGGUGGAAAGUGUCGCAAUACGCAAUGAAAAACUUUUCGCUAGAAAUUCAAGGUGGCCUUGGACCAACAUGGGAAAAAGCGUGGCGCGUUGGCAUCAUGGGCGAGUGCUCGACAGUGCAGAAGGUCAAUUACUACUUGUAUGGUUUAAAGGAAUCUUUGAAAGCGACACAUCCGGACUACGCAUUUGAUGAACGGAAUGGUUAUCACUAG